UCACAAUUGUAUCAGUGCUGCAGUUCUAUAGUACAAUGCAUCGCUGUAUAUGUUCAGCCUCAUUGCCCCGUAUAAAUAUCAAACAUGCAUUCUUCUCUGAACAUUUGACGUUUCUCAUCUGUCUCGUCUCAGUCCAUACUACUCUUUGAUCCUAAAUUCGAUACCCAAGCAGGUCUUGGGGAACCCUGGUGGACACUUCAGCUAGCUGAACAUUUUAUUGCUUCGCUCUUCAAGUUGUUGUUCUCAUAUUUUCCCCCCAUGUCUGCAUCUGUUCGUCCUACACUCCCCCCGCUUCAUACACUUAAUCUUCCUCGUGGAGAGAUUCGAGACCCCCGCAUCGAUGCAAAAUUGAAACCCCAGAUUCCAAGGCUGCACGUGCCCAGCAGUCAAUAUUCACAUUCAUGCCAGAACCGUCGGGUUUCUAUCUCAUCCUCAACGUCUUCUCGCACUCCUUCUCCCACCCCUUCGCCCCCCUCAUCUUCGCGUUCCUCUAUUUUCGGAAGUCAACCCGUUAAAUUUCGUAUUGUACCCACCACUUUUGAGCAUGCCAACGCAAUGAUUGUCAUUCCUGAUCCCGAUGCUCCACACGUGCACCCCCUCUCCGGUGCAGUCCUCGAGCAACCUGCACCGAACCUUUUUCUGGUCGGGCCUGCCUUUCAAUGCGUGCGCCAGCUACAACGACAAGUAGCCAAGGGGGUACGUCUGCGCCCCUAUCGCAUUGUGCGUAGUCCAGCGGAUCGCAGGUUUUCCAUUGCACCCAAUACGACCAGUGUCACGAAAAUUACAAUAACAAGCUCAAGUCCCAAAGAAACGUGAUGUAUUACUAGCGCCAUCAUUAUUGUAUUACUAGUAUUCUUUCUGAGAAGUGUAGAGGAAGAGUUGCAUUUUAAGUUACAAAUAAACUAAUGUUCGAAUACGAUUCACUUGUACUACUAGUUGUAGGAGAGCACUGUUACAAUUCGUUGUGUCUGAUUCACCUUGAUCAUCGUGAAGGAGACGGGGGU